AUGGAGAUGUUCAAACAUCUUCUUUCUACAUUGCUUUGUGGUUUUGCUCUUAUACUUGUAGUUCAUGCACAAGAUGAUCAAUCAGGCUUCAUCAGCUUGGAUUGCGGGCUGCCUACAAAUUCUAGCUACUCUGAGCCAACAACAGGCCUUGACUACAUUUCAGAUGCAGCCUUCAUAUCCACUGGUGUAAGCAAAAGCAUUGCCCCUCAGUACAAAGCUACUCAUCAACAGCAAGCAGCUUAUGUCAGGAGCUUUCCUCAGGGGGUCAAGAACUGUUACAGAGUAAACAUUACACAAGGGACUAAAUAUUUGAUCCGAGCAAGUUUCGUGUAUGGAAAUUAUGACGGUUUAAAUAAGCUGCCAAAGUUUGAUCUUCUCUUUGGAGCUAAUUCUUGGGACUCAGUGGCAUUUGUUGAUGCAUCUUCGAGUACUAUCAAAGAACUUGUCCAUGUUCCCACAUUAGAUUAUAUACAUGUGUGUCUAGUCAACAAGGGCACUGGAACACCAUUCAUUUCAGCAUUGGAGUUGAGGCCUUUGAAGAACACUACUUAUGUGACUCCAACGGGUUCGUUGGAACUCUUCCUUCGCUUAGAUGUCGGUUCGACAUCCAAUCAACCAUACAGGUAUGAUUACGAUGCUUUGGAUCGGAGUUGGGUACCUUACACCUACAAUAAGUGGACACAGUUAACUACCUCACUUACCGUAGAUGCUCAAAUUCAUAAUGACUACCAAGUACCAUCUAUAGCAAUGAGAACUGCCAGCACGCCGAUUAAUGCCAGUGCUUCCAUGGACUUCAGCUGGGAAUCCCCGGAUACAUCGACUGAAUACUAUGUGUACCUGCACUUUGCUGAACUCCAGCAGCUUAAAGCCAACCAGUCCAGAACAUUCAAUAUCACUCUGAAUGGAGAUUAUUGGUUUGGACCUUUUGUCCCAGAGUACUUGUCCACAAUCACUGUGUUCAGCCCCUCAUCCUUAACUGGAGGCAACUAUAGUUUUUCACUUGUUCAAACUGAGAAUUCAACUCUCCCACCAAUCCUCAAUGCCAUGGAGAUCUACUCAUUGAUCGAUUUAUCGCAACCAGAAACUGAUGGAGAUGAUGUGGCUGCCAUCAUAAACAUAAAGUCAACAUAUGGAGUGGACAAAGAUUGGCAGGGAGACCCAUGUACUCCCCAAGGCUACAUGUGGGAAGGUCUUAACUGUAGCUACAGUGGAUCCCCUAGAAUCGUAUCCUUGGACCUGUCCUCGAGUGGAUUGACCGGGGAGAUAACUUCAUAUAUAUCCAAUCUUGCCAUGUUACAAUCUCUGGAUUUAUCGAACAAUAGCUUGACUGGAUCAGUACCUGAAUUUUUGUCUAAAUUGCCAAACCUGAAAGUCCUUAACCUGGAAAGAAACAAGCUCAACGGUUCAGUUCCAGCUGACCUUAUUCAAAGAUCAACAAGUGGUUCACUAUCAUUGAGUGUGGGAGAAAAUGAAGACCUAUGUGCAUCAAUAUCAUGCAAAAAGGAGGAGAAGAAGAAGAAAAAUAUAGUAAUUCCAAUAAUCGCAUCAAUUGGUGGGUUUUCUAUUCUUGUGGUAGCAGCAGUGGCUGUAUUCAUGGGCCUGAAAAGAGGAAGAAAACAAGGAGUUCCACAACAACCCAAUAAUCAAAUUGAUUCAUUCGAGUCCAAAAAACGCCAAUUCACAUACUCAGACGUCCUGAGGAUCACAAAUAACUUUCAGACAAAAGUUCUUGGGCGAGGUGGAUUCGGAAAAGUUUACCAUGGUUAUGUUGAUGAUACUCAAGUAGCUGUGAAGAUGCUUUCUCCAACAUCAGGUCAAGGAUACCAACAAUUUCAAGCAGAGGUCAAACUUCUUAUCAGAGUUCAUCAUAGAAACUUGACUAGCCUUGUUGGAUACUGCAAUGAAGGAACCAACAUGGCACUCAUCUAUGAAUUUAUGGCCAAUGGAGAUUUGGAAUCACAUCUUCUAGGCGAGGACAGUAAUGCAAAUGUGUUGACUUGGGAAGGUAGACUUCAAAUAGCAACAGAUGCAGCACAAGGAUUGGAGUAUCUGCACAACGGUUGUAAGCCGCCUAUUGUCCAUAGAGAUGUGAAGGCAACAAAUAUUUUGUUGGCUGAAAAUUUCCAAGCAAAAUUAGCUGACUUUGGCCUGUCCAGAAUUUUCCCAACUGAUGGAGGCACUCAUAUGUCCACAGCUGUAGCUGGCACCCCUGGAUACCUUGACCCGGAGUACCACAUAACAGGAUGGCUGAAUGAGAAAAGUGAUGUUUAUAGCUUCGGAGUUGUGCUGUUGGAGAUCAUCACUAGCCGCCAUGCAAUAUCUAGAACACAAGAGAAAGUUCACGUCAGUCAAUGGGUUAGCUCUAUGCUUGCUAAAGGGGAUAUCAAAACUAUCGUUGAUCCGAGGUUACAUGGAGAUUAUGAAAUUAACUCUGCGUGGAAGGCUGUUGAACUAGCAAUGGAGUGUGUGUCUGACACAUCCACCAGAAGGCCAAACAUGAGUGCGGUAGUGAUAGGGUUGAAGGAGUGUUUGGCAGCAGAGUUGGCUCGAACCAACGUGAGCCGUGUGACUGAAUCAACAGAUUCAGUUGUGUGCUCUAUGAAUGUGACUACUGAACUCAGUCCUUUGGCAAGGUAAUUCUUUGUGUCCAGAAGGUGAAUUUCGAAAGCCGAGUAGUUUUCAUUUUCCAUUUCCUCUGUUUUAAGCUUCAUUCAUUGUCCAAUGCUUUUGUAAUUGUAUUUGUUAUAUCAUCUUGUGUUGAAGAUUUGCGGUUGUGAGGGUCUUCAGUAAGGCUCUGCAACUAUGUAUAUGUGUCUGUAUCAUGAAUCAUGAUAUAAUAUCAUUAGAGUUGGUGAUC